GUGCAGAAAGGUUUAGGUGUUGUUACAACACUAAAGGAGUGAUGGCUUGCAGAUUGCCGUCAACGAUGAGGUCUGAUUAUAUGUCGGUGUCUGGUACUGAAGAAGUUCAGCUUGAGAAAGAUAGUUUGUUAGAUAAAGCUUUGGAUGCUUUAUACGAGAAAAGGGGCUUCACAAGAGAGAAAGCUUUGGCCUCCAUUAUUGAGGCUUUCAAUAACAGCUUGCAGCAUCAGUUUGUUGAAAAGAAAUUCGCCACUUUACUUCAUCAGUGCCUGGGUUCCAUAAAAUGGGGCUCCAGCAGGGAGAUAGCUCUAGCAUCUCAGGCCAUUGGCUUGUUGGCUUUGACUGUUGGCUUUGGUGACAAUGCGCGGGAAAUAUUGGAUGAAUCAGUCACUCCAAUUUCACAGGCUCUAAAGGCAGGGUCUGAGUCCUUGAAGACAGUAGCACUGCUCGGGUGUUUGGCUAUCAUAACAUUUGUUGGUGGAAAUGAUCUAGAGGAAACAGAAAGAUCAAUGGAAAUUAUGUGGCAACUUGUUCAUCCAAAGCUGGGUUCUAAUGUACUUAUCAUAUGCUUGUUGUGUGUAGUUUGAUGGCAUAAUUUACACAUGAAUUUCUAGUAUCAGUCAGUAUUAGUAUUCACAUUUUGCUAUUGUUGCUUUGAGCUAGUAAAUUUAAAACUAUGAUUCAUUCUUUUGUUAAUUUCAAGUCUUCAUUGGUGCAAUGGCUUGCAAAUUGCCACUGAGGAGAGCAAGAACUUCAGAGACAGGAACAUAUUUAUUGUUUUGGUUCCAAAUAAGGCUGUUUUACAGAAGACACAAGAACCGCCAAAGAAAAAACUAGUAAUCCAGUUGCAAAUGAAGUCUCAGCCAGUGUCUGAGGAAACUCUGAUGUUCCAGGAGGCAUUUUGCUAGAGAAAAUUGGCUGGUAAUCUUAAUCUGUGCUCUUCAACUGGGUUGAGUCUUGAAACUUGUGCAUAACAUUAGUGUAAUACAACAUAUUUAUUAGAUUUUUAAUAACAGAAGCAGCCUUUCCAAAUCA